CAUCUUCCCCCAUUUUAAUCUUGAUUUUCAUUUUCUGUCCAUGGCGUCUGUUUCAAUCUUCAGAGGCUUUGUCCAUGGCCGCCACGUCACUCUUUUCCCUCACCAAUCUCAGUUGCCUGUUACAAGCAUAUUGGUUAGGUCGAAGAAUCGAACUAAUGGGUUGAGGCUUUAUGCAAGAUAUUCAGACUCACAAUCAGCUCAAACACAAGAUCUUUUUACUUCUCGUCUACAAACCAGUUUGGAGAACUUGCCGAAGCUUGUGGAGGAUAUAGUCCAGACGUCAAUCAAUACAGGUCCUCGUGGAGCUUUGAGACUGGCCCAAGGUGUUCAAGCGUUUAUUGGUGUUGGUGGCGAGUGGCUUACAGAAUUAUCACAGUCAAGAAAUUCACCUAGCGGAAUCCCAUCACAGCUUCAGCUUGGGUUGCUUUCACCACUUUACCUCCGGAAAUUGUUUGAACGCUUGGGGGCUACUUAUAUCAAAUUAGGUCAGUUCAUAGCGUCGGCUCCCACGUUGUUUCCGCCUGAAUAUGUGCAAGAAUUCCAGUAUUGUUUUGAUAGAGCUCCGCUUGUUCCUUUUGAUGAGAUUAAGAGAAUUCUGAGGGAAGAGCUAGCAGCCCCGAUAGAUAGUAUCUAUGAAUUUGUUGAUCCUACACCACUUGCCUCAGCUUCAAUAGCACAGGUACAUGCAGCAAGGCUUAAAGGGUCGCAAGAGGAUGUAGUAAUAAAGGUCUUGAAACCCGGAAUCGAAGAUGUACUAGUUGCAGACCUUAACUUCAUUUAUGUUGUUGCUCGCAUUGUAGAGUUCUUAAAUCCUGAACUGAGCCGUACAUCAUUGGUUGCUAUUGUCAAUGACAUACGAGCAUCAAUGCUUGAAGAAGUGGACUUCAAGAAAGAGGCAGCAAACAUAGAGUCCUUCAGAAGAUACCUUGAAUCAAUGGGGCUUACUAGGCAGGCUACAGCUCCUAAAGUUUAUCCAGAAUGCAGUACCAAAAGAGUACUGACAAUGGAGAGACUAUAUGGGGUUCCUCUUACUGACUUGGACUCAAUAAGUUCUCUUGUUUCAAAUCCAGAGACCAGUCUUAUAACCGCCCUUAACGUAUGGUUUGGUAGUUUGCUGGCAUGUGAAACUUUCCACGCAGAUGUACAUGCUGGUAACCUAUGGCUAUUACGUGAUGGUCGUAUUGGAUUUCUUGAUUUCGGAAUUGUUGGACGGAUAUCCCCAAAAACAUGGAGUGCUAUGGAAGUGUUUUUGGGUUCGAUUGCAACUGAAGAAUACGAGUCAAUGGCCUCUGCCUUGAUCGAAAUGGGUGCUACAAAUACGGAUGUGGACUCUAGGUCAUUUGCUAAAGAUUUGGAGAAGAUUUUUUCAUCUAUACAGGACUUGGAUACAGAACUUGUUGUUGCGACAGCCACACGGACAAACACAAAUGCAACUGCUGUAUCAGCCAAUUUAGUUGUUGAUGAGAGACAGAUGAAUGCACUGUUUCUCGAUGUCGUACGGGUUAGUGAAUCUUACGGGUUAAGAUUUCCCCGGGAGUUUGCACUUUUAAUGAAACAGCUUUUGUAUUUCGAUCGUUACACUCGCUUACUAGCUCCUAACAUGAACAUGCUUCAAGAUCAAAGGAUCACAAUUGCCUCAAAUCGAAGAACCAGUAAGCGAUAUACCUACUAGUCUGCCCAUGAGAAUCUAGCCAGGUAGAAUUGUUGAUGGGAGCUUUGCUGUUACUUUAUUAGCUCUUCAUUCGUAUAUAGCAACAGUACUCUAGUAUAUACCUACAAAAAACUGCUACGAAUAACAUAAAGCAAUGUAAUGUAAUGUAAUGUAAAUGUACCUCGAAGAAAUUAAGGUGAUAGCACCAAACCACUACCAGUCUAUCAUUUUAUAA